AGAUUAUUCGACGAUGUGGAGCGCGGUUCUACAAAUUUCAUCUUGUUGCGUAUCAUUCUUACUUUCAAUUUUAAAGGAAUAGAAACCUUCUUUUACGACGAAAAACUUUGCCUACUGCAAUUUAAAUUGAAGUAAAUGACCCCAUGGCCACAAUGAAAGAAGACAAUCUGGAAGAACAGGAAGAUCCAGAUAUCUUGGAGUCUACUAGAGCAAUUAGAGUGGAGAAUUAUGCAUCUUGCCGUGCUGAUGAGAUCAAUACAAUGGUGCGAGCGCUUGAGGGUCCACGUAAAGGGAAGCGAAUCUUCCAGCGUUUGCCACGUCACAUGAGAAGAAGAGCAAUGAGUCACAACGUGAAGAGACUUCCUCGAAGCAUGAGAAGCCAAGGACAGAAGGAGAUGAACAAAAGCAAACCAGCUCAAAAGCGAGGAGGAGAUAAUAUUGAUAAAGAGGACGGUGAACCAACCAAAAAGAAGUCUCGUCGGCAUCGCAGAAGACCAAGUAACUUACGAAGCGAGUUCAAUCGACGUCAAAGACGGUUUAUUUGGUUAGAGACUCACUUGUGGCAUGCAAAGCGAUUCAAAAUGGUGGACAAGUGGGGACAUCGAAUCCCCUUACACUCGAAUGAGAAAGGGGUUCGUGCUGCCUAUAGAGCUGUAGUGAAACACUGCCUUAUGCAGGAUAUUUCAUAUUUUGGAGCAGUGGAAUUAGUGGGAACCCAGGAGAAGAUUUUGAACGUGAUGAAUCUUAUCACUAACAGAGAAACAGGUGUUAAUUUAUCUGAAGAGAGGUACUUAAAUGGGUCUCAUCAUGGAAGAACUAUCUUAUACAAAGAUGAGAAAUACCCCUAUGAAGCGAUUGGCCCUGCAGACUUUAUGUGGGACCCUGUUGAAGACAGCACCAGCCCAUUAGAUGGGAGAACAAGACAGCUAUGGUUGUGGUUACAUCCAGCUUGUUACGAUGAAGCAUUUGAAGAGCUAAAGAGGGUGUGCUCAAAAGAUGGCACAGCUGGAGUUGUGGUAAAUGACCUUCGAGCUGACCUGGUACGUUUUCAUUUUGAGGGUCCAUUGUCACAUUCAGUGCUGGUCGAUGCUUUAAAAAUUUCUGAUGUCACAUGUCAUCCAGAUGCCAGUGAAGAGCGCCACUGGUGGGAGAAUGUCUACCAGGAUUCAAAUAGGUUGGCAGCUUUCCAGGAACAGUCCACUUUAUGGGAAGGUAUGUCUGUUGAACAAACUGCAACUGACUUUGACUCCAAUUGCAUCUUAGCAUUAACAGUGAGAGAUCCAAGACAUCUUUUGCCAAAGAAGAGAGGGCAAGUUAGUGAUCCUAAAAAAGUAGAACGCACAAAAAUGUCUGAGAGAAUGAACAGCAGCUGUACUUGGUCACCUAUCUGGGAUCAGAAUGUCAGGAAGGAGGUAAAGACCAUGCAGAUGUCUCAGCAUAAGAUCAACCAGAUGAGAUCUGAGCAAUUGGUUCCUGGCACACCAUUAAGUCUUGGACGGCAGGAGUCAAGAAUUCCAGUCGUCCUCCUCCAGAACCCAGGCUACCAAUCACUUUCUGGUGGAAAGCAUCAUAAAGCUCACUUUGGAAUCUUGGGAUAUGGAGCCGGUUGGGAUGUUAUCCUUCCAAGUGGUUGGGGAAUGGAAUUUUGGGUAGCAUUCUACUACAGAGGUGCGCGUGUUGGUGGGAUACGCGAAGCAAGCAGCUCACGCCGUCAGAAAGGAGCUCCAGAAUUCCCGUUAGAUUUUCCAGAUACACAGAGCGGCAAGAUGUAUGGUGUGAAUCUGCAGUCGGAACUUGAAACAAACUACUUGAAGAAACCUCCAGCUAAACGUCUGAACUAUUCAAAGGUUGGAACAGAGAAUCCGUUUAUCCAUCCCUGGUGGCAACUCAUUUUAUAUUGGGAAAAUGAAAUAAAACAGGAUGAAAUGGAUGAUGAAAUGAAGGAAUCUCUCGAGAAGGUAGAAUUAAUGGAAUGGAAUCCAUCCGCUAAACAGAUUCCAUCCACUGAAAGAACCAACAUAUUUGUUCUCAGAAACAUUCAGUACUUGAAACAAUUACAAUUGCAUUGUGUUGGUAAAGUGUUUGAAAAAUCCAAAACGCUUAUUCCUGAGGUGAAGCGGCAGCUUGAUAAAACCGAGUUUGGAAGUAUGCAAACAGAAUCAGCUGGAGAAACCAAAACCAACAUUCCCCCUCCUUUGCCAAGCGAGCUACUUUUCAACCUGAAAUCUUCACUUGUAUUUGUGACAAUGCGUAUGGUAAAUCGUGGUGCGCCAUCAAUAUUUGCAAUGAUUUGCCUACCAACCGAGGAAGAUUUAAAUUCUUUAGAGGAAAACCCAUCUUCCCCCGGUCCUAUUGAGCCUAAACACACAGGUUUACCAACUCCAAGACUUGCUAAGGAAAGUAAAUCAGUCAAGAAACUGAAAACGACGAAAGAUGAAUGCACAGGAGGAGAUGAAAUUGAUGGCAAAGGUGGUCAAACUAAACUGGAUGAAGAAAUCCUUGACAAAUUACAAAUGUCGUCAUCAGAAUGCUCUUCAUCAACCACUAACAUCAACUGUUGUAGUAGAACAAUUAUCGGCUAUGUCACAAAUGGAGCCCACAGCUUCUCGACUGGAGUAGGCGGUUCCGUUGGCUUGUGUAGCCUCGUAGGGUUAUCAAAGCUUUUGCGACAAAAGUUGCUACACAGAAAUGCUGUUGUGUUGAUACGUGAUGCUAACUGUCAUCAGUACAGAUAUGCUUACCUCAAUAUUCAGACCAGCAUUUGAGAUCCAGUGGAUGACAGUAAGUAGCUAGGUUCUGCUCAUAUCUUUUCAUUUAAAACACACAUUCCGCUAGGUUGGUCAUGUGACGUAUAGUGGGUAUCAAUUGUAAACAUGCAGCGCAAGCAACGCUCGGUACAGGAAAACGCGUAGCUUCUUUGGAGUAUUUGAUGUUGAAUAAUGUUGGUUGUAAUGCCAGUAACUACACCAAAUUGAUUGCAAAUUGAAAUUUGAGUUUGAUAUAAUGGUUUGUUAAUGCUCCAAAAGAUAAUGUCUCAAAACAUUCAGAUUUUUUGAGAAGUGCUAGGCCUAGGCCCCUGCAUGUCUACGGUCUGUCUAGAUAUGGACGAGAAUCUUCGAUCCGCGAACUGCAAUUUUGACACGCUACGAUUUAUAAGCUAGCUUCGGUUUACGAAGGAUCACAUAAAUUCAAAAGCAUACAAAGUACAUGGAACGCUAGAAUAAGUAAAUAUACACUAUUUUAAACAAACAUUACCCUUUCCUAUACUUUAGCACUGAUCGCACUGUAAAUUCUCCAUAGUAAUACCCACUAUAUGUCACAUGACCGGCUGUAAACAAACAUCGCUGAAUGGGUCUAUUGAUGAUCCUGUAGCGGAUCCGGGGGGUGUUGAGCUCCCCAAAUAUACAACAUCCUACCUCUCCCUGAGGAGCAGCCAAAAAGUCUUCGGAUAGAUGCUAGAUUGAGGCAACCUCACUGGAUGUGUCCCGCAACUACAGACAUUUAUGCAAUUGUAUAAUUGUUACCAGGAAUCAUAAUCUGUGUAUCUAUGUACUGUACAGCAAAAGAUUUUUGCAGAACCCAUACUUUUACCUAAAAAUGAAUAAAACUAAAAAAAAAUGUUUUAUUUUAUUGUAAGUAAAACAGAAAAAUUUAAAUAUUAACAUCUAGCUGAAAGAUGAAAUAAUUUACAUUUAAUUAUGUCAUUAUUUUAUUGCACUGAAGUAUGACUAUUGACUGAAAUCAAGAAAUUUAUAUUUUUUUUAUUUAAUUCAAGAAUAUAAUAUAACGCCUUAGUGUCUAGUAUAGGCAGAAGGUUUUAAACAAUGGUCACAAUGCACUUUAUGGAUUGUAUAGAUAUAAUAAAUAAAUUCUACAAAGGGAUGAUUAUCCUAAACUACUGUAUCGCAUGAUUACAUUGGGCUGACACUAAGACAGAAGACAAUUGGAUGAUUAAUUUUUUCCCACCAAUAUAAUCUUUAUUACAAAAUACUGGAUAUUUUAAUACUUGAAAACCAUCAAGGAAUUGCAUAUCACAAGGUUAACUUACCAUAAGCUGCACUACAUUUGAAAGACAUUAGUAGAUAUCACAUUACUACAAACAUGCAUCAUAUGCUGUGUAUUAUGUUUUAUGUAUGUUUAACAUUUAUCAUGAGGCUAGCCAUCCCAAAACAGCAUCAGUGACCAAAAAGGAAAAAUAAUAUAUUCUCCACAUGUAAGAUUUAAAAGGAUGGGUCAUUUACAGAAAUCGACUAACUAUUGCAAAGUUAUGAGUAAAAGCAUUAAGCUUCUCCAUACUAAAGAAUAAAUUACUGCCGCAUUCUUAUGUUAAUUACUCAGUUUAACAUCUUGCAACAGUAUGUUGGUUUUAGGAUGGCAAGCCUCGCAUGUUUAACUUCAUUUUAUCUCUACAAACAAUGUUUUAUUAUAGUCUUCAUCAUUUGCUAUAGAGUAUUAGGAUUUAGAACAGGUUACAUACAGUACGACUCACAGAGAAAACUCUUUAG